AUUCACUACCAUCACUGAUCCGACGGACACACAAGAAGUCAGUCAGCAUCCAUUUAUUCGACGGCUGCGAUUAAAUCUCAGUAUUAAAAUCAACAUUCUCCCCCAUUAGAAAAUGCCCCUCAUACCAUAUCGUCUUCUUCAAAAAGCGUCUACUGAGCCACCGUCCAAAUAGCAUCACCAAACCCUAAGGAGCAUACGAAAGAUGGCGAUGGCGAGUCUCGCUAGGCGAAGAGCUUCGACGCUGUUCUCUUCCUCCUCGAAUAAUAUCUGUAGCGGAACAAAGUUCUCCUGGAUUGCGAGCAGGGGAUUCGCCUCUGGAUCUGACGAGAACGACGUCGUCGUCAUCGGCGGCGGGCCUGGAGGCUACGUUGCCGCGAUCAAGGCGGCGCAGCUUGGCCUCAAGACCACGUGCAUCGAGAAGCGCGGGACCCUCGGCGGAACCUGCCUCAACGUCGGUUGCAUCCCAUCUAAGGCUUUGCUUCAUUCCUCCCACAUGUACCACGAAGCGACACACUCGUUCGCCAGCCACGGCGUAAAGUUCUCCUCUGUCGAGGUCGACCUUCCCGCCAUGAUGGCCCAGAAGGACAAAGCCGUCGGCAACUUAACCAAAGGCAUCGAGGGCUUGUUCAAGAAGAACAAAGUCAACUACAUCAAGGGCUGCGGCAAACUCCUCUCCCCCUCCGAAAUCUCCGUCGAAACCUCCGACGGCGACAACAAAGUUGUCAAGGCCAAAAACAUCAUAAUCGCCACCGGCUCCGACGUCAAAAACCUCCCCGGCAUCACCAUCGACGAGGAAAAAAUCGUGUCCUCCACCGGCGCCUUGGCCCUCAAGCAAAUCCCCAAGAAGCUCGUCGUCAUCGGCGCCGGCUACAUCGGCCUCGAGAUGGGCUCUGUUUGGGGCCGACUGGGCUCGGAAGUCACCGUUGUCGAGUUUGGGCCCGACAUUGUCCCAACCAUGGAUGGAGAAGUCCGGAAGCAGUUCCAGCGUUCGCUCGAGAAGCAGAAGAUGAAGUUUAUCCUCAAGACUAAAGUCGUCUCUGUCGAUCCUUCUGCUAAAGACGGUAGCCUCAAGCUAACGCUCGAGCCAGCUGGCGGCGGUGACCGGAAAACCAUCGAGGCAGAUGUCGUCCUCGUCUCUGCAGGGAGAGUCCCGUUCACAAACGGGCUCGAUUUGGAGAAAAUCGGUGUCGAGACCGAUAAAUUGGGUCGGAUUCUCGUGAAUGAAAAAUUCGCGACUAACGUGAAGGGCGUUUAUGCAAUAGGUGAUGUCAUCCCAGGGCCUAUGUUGGCACACAAGGCCGAAGAAGAUGGGGUGGCUUGCGUGGAGUAUAUAGCGGGAAAAGAAGGGCAUGUGGAUUACGAUAUGGUUCCUGGUGUGGUGUACACGCACCCAGAAGUGGCUUAUGUAGGGAAGACUGAGGAGCAGGUGAAGGCGCUUGGGGUGAGUUACCGUGUGGGGAAGUUUCCGUUUUUGGCCAACAGUAGGGCGAAGGCGAUUGAUGAUGCGGAGGGAAUCGUGAAGAUAGUUGCGGAGAAGGAGAGUGAUAAGAUUCUUGGGGUUCACAUCAUGGCUCCAAAUGCUGGGGAGCUUAUACAUGAGGCGGUUUUGGCUUUGCAGUAUGGGGCGUCGAGUGAGGAUAUUGCGCGCACGUGUCAUGCUCACCCAACUAUGAGCGAGGCCUUGAAGGAAGCGGCUAUGGCGACUUAUGAUAAGCCCAUUCACAUUUAGGCAUGAUGAUGGAUGAUUAUUUUCUUGUUCAUUUUUUUUUUUUUUUUUUUU